UUUUAAAAUAUCAACAUUGAUUUGUGGCAUAAGGCGAGCUAAUAAAAUAAAUAAGUCAAUAUAUAAACAAUAUUUGAAUUUGUGUUUAAAAAAGCUUAAAGAAUUACAUUAUUGACUUAAUACAGGAUAUCAGUAAAAAUAUAAUAUAAUCUCAAAAUCAAACAUUCACUAAUUAGAACAAAGGGACUGAAGAAGCCAUAAUUACUGCACCAAGCCAAAUAAAAACAAAACAAAAAAUUGACCAAUUAGCUCAGUAUAAAAAAGAAAGAAAUGAUAUAGAUGUGAUUAUAGAGACUCAUCAAUAUUCUGCCUCUGGACACAAGCCAAUAUAACUUUGAAGCAGAGAAAUUAGACGCUAACUAAGCUAAACUUUCACACUUUACUUAAGCCUCAUAUUGAGCAAGAUAGUUGUUGCAUCAAGUUUGGACCUAAUUACCCACAUAAUUGUGGUUGGACUGACCUAUCUAAAUAUUGUAUAAUCGGAUAAAGGGUUUAAGUAUAUAUAGAAACCUGGAGUUGAGACAUACAUACCAAAGAGUUGUUAUCCACCAUUAUGUGGUGAAGUGUGGAAUUAAUAGCAUGUCAAAAUAGGAGCCAAGAAGAAAGUCAUAAAAGGGAAAAAGUUUAUGAAAUACUAGACAUUAUUAAAAUAGUUUUCUAACCACGGAUGUGAGACUUUUUUCAAGUCACCUGAUACUGUAGACUAAAGGUAAAAGGUCAUAGCAACUGUAGAGGAAAUCUUACACAUUAUAGUGGAAGCGAACUAGAAAUAAUCAGCAGUCAUAAUACACCGAAUGAACACAAACACUUGGAAUAAAAACUUAUAAUAAUUGAACAUUAAAAUAGCGUGAAAGAAAAAGGAGACAUUUAAGCUGACCACACAACUAUUUAACCAACUGGCGCGUUUAGGGCAAGCAGACUGCAGCCACAUGUCAGUCGGCUACAAUAAAACCUUGAAUGGACUCAAUUAGUUCAGGUGAAAAAAUUUUGCCAUUCAUUUUCAACAUAUUGACUGGAACAGAAGGCCAGUGAAAACAUGAGCUGAUUAUAUACACAGAUACAUGGGACAAACAUUGCCAGGAGGCUGCCUUUAAUUUAAUUUGAAUUAAACCAAAGUGCCUGGCUUGAAUUUGAAUUAACAUGAGAUCUUAAAGGACACUCAGUGAACUUGAAGAUAUUCAUUCAUAAAGGAAACUUUAACAAAGCAGCUAUUGAAUUUAGUAUCAUAUAGGACAGCGUGUGUAAAGGAACUAUUUUCCAACAUGGGAGCUGCUAAUGGAAAAUUAGACGAUUUCACAUUAGAAGAUGGAUAUUUUACAAGGGGAUCAGAAGGAAGGAAUAGUUUCCUUAGGAAAAUAAAACCGAAUCCCCCUUGUAAUGUUACUAUCGUAGAUGUAACGGCUACUACUGUGACAUUAAAAUGGAAUAAACCAUUCAAUUAUCGUGAGCAUGGAGUGAUGGCUUAUAGGGUUGAAUAUCAGGCCUAUGGUCAAGAUACAUGGACUAUGUCAGCCUCUCAUUGUCAGCAACUGUCACAUCAGGUAAAAUACCUAAAGACAAAUACAAUAUACAAACUUAGAGUUAAAUCUUUAAGCCUCAAUGGAAAGAGCUAUGGCGCAGAGUCUGACUUUAUUCGCACUAAGGAGUUUUCGUCAAAUACUCUGAAAUCUGAGAUGUCACGGGAUUCAUAUAUCAGUGUUGAUUCGAAAGACUCUAGCUUUGAAUCUAUCGGAGAGGAAGAUCAGCGGCCAUCUACCCCUAUGUACUCUACCUCCACCCUACGUUUCCUCAAGCGUGCCUCAAUGAACAUGGAUACCUCCAAACAUCAUGGAUCCCCAAGAGGAUCCCUCAUGCUGGCCGAUAACCUGGUGCAUCAUAAGAAAGCCUCUGACUGGGUAAAUGACCAGGAUCUAGAAGCAGUUUCAGCGAGGGUACCCCUAGUUGAUCAGAGAUCGACCUCAGGGAGUGAACAAUGUGACUCUGACCCAGAAAGGGCCCCAGAUUCACCAGUCUUCCACAGAGCGUUCCGAAAAUAUAACUCUUUAACGAGCCGAAAAAGUUGGAAUUACUCAAAGAGACUUUCAUUGCCAAGAGAUUUUUCUGAACUUUCUAAAAUUGUGAAAAAGAUGGAGAAUCAUCAUAUGUUAAUGGAUAAUAUUGCAAAAUGUAACAAUGAUAUUGAAGAAGAAGUGCCUAAAAAUUUGGAUACAAAUACAACUGACACGAAUGACGACCAUGAUGAACUUACUAACACAUGUACAGAGAUUGAUGCAGUUCUGUCUGGCGCUAUUAAUGACAUUGAAUCAAAUGAUGCUGAUGAACAAUAUACCAUUGACAGUCAACAGCAAGUUGAUACUGACAUCAACAGUGAUGACACUUAUAGUACCUCCAUGGAGCUCAAUGCUGAUGCACUUUUAGCUUCAAUUAACGAGACAGUUGCAGACAGUAUGAACUGUCCAGAGCCAUCUAUUGUUGAUGCUGAGCGUGAAUCCGAAACAAGUGCCAAGUUGACGAGUGAGCGAGAUGCAGAAAUUGACAGUGAUUUUUGUACAGACACUGAAACAUCAGAUUUCAUAGAUGACGUGUUCCAAGAAGUCAAUGGUGAAGAUGACACCAUUUUGGAUGUAAUAAAUGGUGAGACUUCAGUCACUAGUGGCAUGUUAACACGUGUAGAGCAAUGUGACAGGACACUUACUGCUCCCCAUAUUGCUGAAAGUCACUCGUUGGAUAAUACCAGUGUACCCGAGACAUUUGAAGAUGCUCAACCAGAAAACAAUUUAAGAACUGAUUCUACGUCAUCUGCCAUAGCUGUCACAGUCAAUGACAUAGGACAUAAUUUAAGAACAGACUCUUCAUCAUCUGCCAUGGCUGUCAGUGACAUAUCUAGUAUUGUUUCCGAUGACGACACCAGUCUCAUGUCAGAGAUUGAACGCAAUUGUAAAAUUCUAGAGGUUUUGAAAGAUUUUAACUCUGGAUUAUCUAAAAAGGUUUCCGAAUUUGAUAAUUGGAAAAGUGAAAACGAACGCUUGAAUUUAACCUAUUUGUAGUGAAUCAAACAAAGUGGGGGUCUACUUUACAUCAAUUAUCAUUCAAUGUAGUGGCAGCUUAUCUUUGAUUAUUUAAACUUAUCAUGAGCGUCUUAAGAUCUGAAAUAUUAUUUGACAAAAUGAUAAGUUUAAGUGGCUAUUUGAAGAUAUCUUUGAAACACCGUUCCCCGUUCCCACCACUUUUAACAUACAGAGAUUACACACAUCUUAUAAUAGUUAUGUCAGAUUUAGAUUAUACAAAUACUUCAGAUAAAAUAAUUCUUCGACUAUUCCACUCAUCAGAUCUCAGAUAUCAUUAUUGUAUUUAUGAUUAUUUAACACUGUUUUUUGUAUUUAUGUAUAUAAACUUGUAAAUAGGUAAAGUUUUAAAUCAGAUAUUUGACGAUAUAUAUUUAUAUGAAAUAAAAUGAUCAGUUACUUAUAAAAGACAAGAAUAGUUAUGCUUUAACACUAGCUGUAUACAUGUAUAUGUAUAAAAAGGGACCGGGUCAAUAUUUCUAUGUUGCCCACAACGUAAUAAAUCAUAUUUCUGAAUGACCCCCAUCAUAAAAAGUGUAACGAACAUUUAUAUAGAUUUCUUUC